AUGACGGAAGUUGGGAAUGACUGCUAUUUCUUUUUUUAUUCCACAUGCAUAAAGGGUUCCCAGUGCCGAUUCCGACACUGUGAAGAAGCCCUUGGCAGUGACACUGUGUGCUCAUUAUGGAGAGAGGGAAAAUGUUUAGAUCCACUUUGCAGAUUUAGACACACGGAAAUGCAGCAAAACUGCAGCAUUUCAUGCUUCUGGGAAACUCAGCCUCUUGGUUGCGUGAAGAUCAGUUGUGUGUUUUAUCAUAGCAAACCCCGUAAUAUCAAUGGACUUUUUUUGCCACCAAGUAGCAGUGUCACACUACAAAAAGAAACCCAGGAAGGAAUUCUGCCCCCUACCCAGAGUCAAGAACCUGUGAAAUCUCAGGAGAAUAUUUCAAGACCCAUUCAUCCUCCACUGGUCAUAACCAUUAAUUUUAAAGAAGAAGAGGAGGAGGAAGAGGAAGACAAAGACCACAAGGAGAACAAUGCUUCUAGUUUGUGGACAAGGACUCCAGAGGAAAUCGAGGAAGAAAGGGCGAUAAAGGAAAUGUGCUAUAAGUCUGGUGAAUACUACCGAUUUCACACUCCUCCAGAUAUUUCAGCAAAAAGCAUGACUUCAACAGUGGAAAAAGAGUUAGCAAAACCCUUGGAAAAUGGCAAUGAAUUGCAAGAAGGGGAUGGUCUUACAGUUCCAAUGAAGUUCAAUAUAUUUGAAAGACAAGGUGAGAUAAAAGCAUCAUUGGAUGGAAAACCAAGAACUGACCUUGCUGCUUUUGAAAAUGGAGGGGGUGACUGUUAUGUACCGCAAAGGAUCAUAUUUCUCGGAGUGAAUGAAAGUGAAGCUUUAACUGAAGAGAACAAAUUCAUCAUGUCAAAAGGUUCAAACAGUAGUAAAGACAUCAAGGACAGUCUUCAUCCAAAGCAUCCUGUAACUACAAGACCAGUACCUACAACACACAUAUUAAAUGCUACUGAGAAUAUCAACACAAAAUGCAAAGGGGAUCCCUCUUCAAUGAAUGAUGCCCAGUCAGCGAGGAAACCUAACUUUAAAGGGGUGAAAAAAAAGAAAUGGAUUUAUGAGGAACCAAAGAACCCCCCAGGCACAGGGACAAGGAAAGCAGCACAGGCUCCAAACCCCAAAAAUAAAAUGAACUACCAACGAAAUGAUAAAAACAGGAGUGUGGAGAAUGCAUCCUAUGUUCAUGUUCAAAGAGAAACUGUAAGGAGUGUUUCAUUGAAUUCGCCAGCAUGUAGCAGGCCAGCAAAUGGGACUUAUACCAAAGUCAGUGUUAACAAGGAUCCCAAACUCAACCUCUGUCCAGACAAAUAUAACUCAACAUCCUAUAAUGCUUCAACAUGGAGAAAAAGAAUUCCGUUUUCAAGAACAUAUUCAAAAACUGAAAAGAUAUAUUCAGAGCCAAGACGAAAUGGAAGCAAGUAAAACAGGAGGUUGAGAGAAGAAAAGGAGAAAAGAGAAAAGUGCUGGACAUCCUAUGAUUUACAAUCAAAAAUGAUAAAAAUGCAAAUUCAAAGAAUGAGAUAUUCAAGUACUUCAUACUAUAUACUGGAUAGCCAAAGAUGAUAAAAUGCAAAUUCUGAAAAUAAGAUGCAGGAAGUACAUUGUACUGUUUCAAA